AUGACUCUUACAGGCAGGAUUCCUCGUAAAUUUGGAAACCUCUCAUUUCUUGUUUCUCUUGACUUGGGAAGCAAUAAUUUCAAUGGAAAUUUGCCUCAAGAAAUGACACGCUUGCGUCGACUUAAGUUUCUUGAUUUAAGUUUCAACAGUUUCAGCGGGGAGCUUCCUUCUUUGUUUGGAUUUGUACACCAACUUCAAUUUCUAAAUCUUGGGGAUAAUAGUUUCACUGAUGAAAUACCCAAAGAGAUAAGCAAUCUCAUUGAGUUGGAGGUACUUGAUCUUGGGCUUAAUAGUUUUAGUGGUUCACUUCCAAUGGAGAUCUUCAAUAUAUCUGGGCUGAGAGUGAUUUCUCUUUCAUUCACCAAUUCAUCAGGAAGCCUUCCACCAAACAUGUGUUCUGUCAUACCCAACAUUGAAGAGCUUUAUCUGGACAUCUUAACCGAUCUUGUUGGGACUAUUCCUCAUUCGAUCUCCAAUUGUUCAAAACUUACUAAU